AUGGAAGAGGUUGAGCAAGCUAAUAGAGCAGCUGUUGAAAGCUGUCAUAGGGUUCUGAGUUUGUUGUCUCAACCAAGAGAUCAGGUUCAGCAUAGGAAUUUAGUGGUGGAAGCUGGGGAUGCUGUGGUGAGGUUCAAGAAGGUUGUGUCCUUGCUUCAUAUUGGUUUGGGUCAUGCAAGAGUGAGGAAGGUUAAAAACCCGCUAGUCCCCUUUACCCACCACAGUAUCUUCUUAGACAACCCAAAUUGCAAAACCAACGACCAUCACUCAAAAAAUCUGCAGUUAUCCCAAACAAGCUUUCCUGACAAUUCAAUUCAGGAACUGGGGUCAACCACUAAACAUUCACUCUCUCUUGGACAGCCCUCUUUGGAAUUGAGCUCCAGUGGGAAAAGUCCGCUUCACCUCACUCAGCAGGCUUCAUCAACUCACUAUCACUUCUUUCAGCAACACCAAAGGUUGUUGCUCCAGCAGCAACAGCAACAACAGCAGCAACAUAUGAAGCAUCAAGCAGAAAUGAUGUUCCGAAGGAACAACAGUGGCAUAAACCUGAAUUUUGACAGUACUAGCUGCACACCAACAAUGUCAUCUAACAGGUCUUUUAUUUCUUCCUUGAGUAUAGAUGGAAGUGUGGCUAACUUGGAUGGAAGUGCCUUCCAUUUAAUAGGAGCUCCACUCUCUUCUGAUCACAAUUCGCAACAGCACAAGAGAAAAUGUGCAAGAGGUGAUGAGGGCAGCUUGAAAUGUGGGAGCAGUUCUAGAUGCCAUUGCUCUAAGAAGAGGAAACAUAGAAUGAAGAGGUCAAUUAAGGUGCCUGCUAUUAGCAAUAAACUUGCAGAUAUUCCUCCUGAUGAUUAUUCGUGGAGGAAGUAUGGCCAAAAGCCAAUCAAGGGCUCUCCUCAUCCUAGGGGAUACUAUAAAUGCAGCAGCAUGAGAGGGUGUCCUGCUAGGAAGCAUGUUGAGAGGUGCUUGGAAGAGCCGACCAUGCUAAUUGUUACCUAUGAAGGCGAACAUAACCACCCUAAGUUACCAACGCAAUCUACAAAUGCAUGA